UCUUGGUCGCUCACAGCAGCCCGAGCCGGGGGCUCCGUUUAAUAAGGGAGCGAGCAAAGAGACAGACAAGGGAGAAGGCGAAGGAGGUGGCGGCGGCGACGACGGCUGCUGCUGCUGCUGAGGCGGCGGCAGCGGCGGAGGAAAAAUAAAAAAUAAAGAGCGAGCGAAAGAGAAAGGAGAGCGAGAAUGUCCGCCAUGGGCUCUCCUCUCCUGUGCGCAUUCUCCGUUUCUUCAUGAAUUAGAGCCGAAGGGGUGGGGGCGGGGAGAGACGAAGACACCCCAAGGCCCCCAGGCAUGGCCAGUUCGUGUGCUGUUCAGGUGAAACUGGAGCUUGGGCACCGAGCCCAGGUGAGGAAGAAACCCACAGUGGAGGGUUUUACUCACGAUUGGAUGGUGUUCGUAAGAGGACCAGAGCAUAGUAACAUUCAGCACUUUGUGGAGAAAGUCGUCUUUCACUUGCAUGACAGCUUCCCUAGGCCAAAAAGAGUGUGCAAAGAUCCACCGUACAAAGUUGAGGAAUCUGGGUAUGCUGGUUUCAUUUUGCCAAUAGAGGUUUACUUCAAGAACAAGGAAGAACCGAAGAAAGUCCGCUUUGACUAUGAUCUAUUCCUGCAUCUGGAAGGCCACCCACCUGUAAACCAUCUUCGCUGUGAAAAGCUUACUUUCAACAACCCAACGGAAGAGUUCAGAAGGAAGCUGCUGAAAGCAGGAGGGGACUUCAUUUCCAAAGGAUCUGGUAUCAGAGAACCUGACAUGGCUAAUACUUUCCCUACCCCUAGAGUAUCUCUGCCCUGCACUAGUGUAAAGAUCAUGGUAAUGUCAGAUGGAUCAUCAGCUGCUUCAGGGCAGAGUCUUCACCUCCCCAACCUUCCCAGUAAUUCCCUGUCUUUUUCUGAAGUGAAGAAGAAAUCAUCUCAUGGGCCAAAGGACCCAAGUAAGAGUAUAAGCACUAGCAGCAGCAGUAGUAACAGUUUUUCAAAGCCCCAUAAAUUAACAAAGGAGCACAAGGAGAAACCUUCUAAAGACUCGAAAGAACAUAAAAGUGCCUUCAAAGAACCUUCCAGGGAACAUAACAAAUCUUCCAAAGAAUCCUCUAAAAAACCCAAAGAAAACAAACCACUAAAGGAUGAAAAAAUAGUUCCUAAGAUGGCCUUCAAGGAACCCAAACCUAUGUCAAAGGAGCCAAAAUCUGAAAAUAACAUACUUACCAUAACAGGUGGACAGCAACAAGAAAAGAAGGCCCCUACAAAAAGGCCUCCCGGUAUGGAUUCUGAGGAUCUUGCAGCCAAAAAGAAGAAGAAAAGUGGCUCAGAGGCUUUAUUUAAAAGUUUUUCUACUGCUCCUCCACUGAUACUUACUUGUUCCACUGCUGACAAAAGACAGACAAAGGAUAAAUCUCAGUUUAAGGUUGGGAAAGUCAAAAUGGAAAGUGAGACGCUGGAGAAGAAGAAGAAUACGUUACCACCAUUUGAUGAUAUUGUGGACCCUAAUGAUUCCGAUAUGGAGGAGAACAUGUCCUCAAAAUCUGAAUCUGAGCAACCUAGUCCUGCCAGUUCUAGCUCCAGUUCCAGCUCCAGUUUUACACCAUCUCAGAACAGUCGACAACAAGGUCCUUUGAGGUCUAUAAUGAAAGAUCUGCAUUCUGAUGAUAAUGAAGAUGAAUCUGAUGAAGCAGAUGAGAAUGACAAUGACUCUGAGAUGGAGAGACCUGUAAAUACGCAUGGAGGAAGCAGGGGGGGUCGCAGAGUUAGUCUAAGCGAUGGAAGUGACAGUGAUAGCAGUUCGGCAUCUUCACCGUUACGCCAUGAACCUCCACCUUUAUUAAAAACCAACAAUAACCAGAUUCUAGAAGUGAAGAGUCCUAUAAAACAGAGUAAAUCUGAUAAACAAAUUAAGAACGGUGAUUGUGAUAAGGCAUAUCUUGAUGAACUAGUUGAGCUCCACAGAAGGUUAAUGACACUAAGGGAAAGACAUGUACUGCAACAGAUUGUAAACCUUAUAGAAGAAACGGGACACUUUCAUAUCACGAACACAACGUUUGACUUUGACCUUUGUUCACUGGACAAAACAACUGUUAGAAAAUUACAGAGUUACCUGGAAACAUCUGGAGCAUCCUGAGGACGUAGCUCCUGGCUGCAUCAAAAACUGCUCUCACUCUUCUGCUCUUUUUUUAAAAGGAAAUAAAACAUUCAGAAUGAUGCAGCCAAAAUGGCAACAGUAUCAACAAAAAUCAACCAACUCUCUUCAGCUUUAUUUUUUUUGUUAAAGCCAGUCAUCAUCUCUUGAUAUAGGAGAAGAAAAGUGACAAGCUUCAGAGGAUUGCUCUUCUCACCAAGGAAAUGCUCUGGAAGAGUUAGCCUGGAUAGCCUUGAAAAAAAAAACACUUAAUGAAUGUGUAUGGUAUCAUGUAUCUCUCUGUGGUAUUCCAGGCCACAGGACGAAUGCAUGUUCAACACACUGCCUUAUUACAUAACUGAUCUAUUUAUUAUUGCAUACGCAUAUUCUAAAAGUCCUUGAGGGAAUGACACUACCAGAUGUUACAAGUUCUUGUGUCCCAUGUAUGCUCCUUUGAUGCAGCGCCAGUGCCGUCACAAGCCUUCUGACCUUACUCUUGAUUCGAUGCCACUCUUUUCUGACCUUUUGCUAUUCCGUUUUCAAAACCUGUUGUCCUGUUUCUUCAAUGCUUCGAAACAAGAU